GUUCCGAUUUGACUUUACUCACGCGAGGGUGCGCUGUCGCGUUUCGUUCCCAGUAGUUCUGUUUUUGAGAGUCAACUCCCUCAAAUAUCGUACAAGUGCUAACUUAAACAACUGAAAGCGUUGAAUUAUUCGCACAAAUUAAAUGUGACAACAAUAGAAGAUUACGAAGCUUGAAUUUGGCGCAUUCACUACGCGUCUUCGGGGUUUAUUUACUUUCGUGAGAAAUGACGACGCGUUCUUCGCCUUAUUUAGGAUUUAUUAAAGAUGCCGCGAUGUGCCGCGAAGCGUGACAACAACCAGACCGCCAGCAGCACCAGAGCGUUGAAUAUUGGAAUAAGGGGGGAUUUGUGUGCGCCGGAGUGUUUUAUUCCGGCGUAAAAUGUCUCAACUGUUAUCAUACGGGUGGAUCGCGAAAGGUUCAUCCAUUUUCAUGGAAGAUAGUGAUGAUUCGUAGCUGAUACACACUUCGAAGUAGCGGUGUUUAUGUUGUGAGAUUGCUGCUAUCAUAAAAGUGCAAGUGCAGUAAUGGUAUCGAAUUGUGUAUUUCUGAUUAAUGAAUGUGAUCAAUUGUGACUGUGGGAUCUUGAACCAGUUGUUGAUUGUAAGAAAUGAGAAGAAUUCGAAAAACAGUGAUUCGGCGCAUGUUUGGAUUAUCACAUUGAAUUUGGAUUAGUUUGGAGCAGUGCAUUUCCAGUCUGGCGCCCGCUAAGAUUGCUGUUUCGCUCAUUUUCGCUGCACAUCAAAAUGCUACUGUCCUUGUGGAGGGCGGGCAGCAGGAAGCAGCUUCUAUGAGGUGUCUUAGGAAGAAGAUGUGCCAGGUCUUCUCGCUGACCCAUCGAUAUAAACGAACUUUGCAAGCAAUGGCGGCAGGGAUUUUCCUGAUCUACAUGACUCUAGUUCUGUAUCAGAACGUUUACGGCUACAGCAGCAGCAAUAGUGUCCAGGAACAGCAAUACAACUCGCUCGAUUCGGCAGGAGUGACCGCGGCCCUUGCCUCAGCAGAUAAUGUGAUAUCCAAACGGGAUAACGGUGCAAAUAGUGAAGCGUUAAGUGUGAAUGGUGCCCCGAACGGGAGCGCGCAUGUAAAUAUGUUAAUCAAUAGUAGGCUAAGAAAUAGUAAACCGACCCGGUCGGAUUACUACGAUCCGUAUCCGCACGGACAGCAGUCGGUCACGGGGACGCCGAAACCGCCAACGACCGAGCUGGACGAUCUGCUGAUCAGCGUCAAGACCACCAAAGGCUACCACGACACGCGGCUGGAGAUGAUCACCAAGACGUGGUACCAGUUGGCGAAGGAGCAGACGUGGUUCUUCACCGACACCGACGACCAGCACUAUCAGAAGCUGACAAAUGGCCACAUGGUCAAUACCAACUGCUCGCAAGGACACUUUCGGAAGGCGCUCUGCUGCAAGAUGGGAAAGGAGUUCGAGUUCUUUCUCGACAGUGCCAAAAAAUGGUGGUGCCAUUUCGACGACGAUAACUACGUCAACGUGCCGCGGCUGGUGCGACUGCUGGACGAGUACAGUCCCACACAGGACUGGUACCUGGGGAAACCGAGCAUCUCCUCGCCGCUGGAGAUCUUUCUAGAUAAUACCAAAUCAUCCACCGAGGUGAACAAGAAGGUGACCUUUUGGUUCGCCACCGGCGGUGCCGGGUUCUGCAUAAGCCGGGCGCUGGCGCUCAAGAUGUUGCCGAUUGCAAGCAGCGGCAAGUUCGUGGCCAUAGGCGAUAAAAUUCGCUUUCCGGAUGACGUGACGAUGGGGUUCAUCAUCGAGCACACCUUAAAUGUUCCUUUAACCGUGGUGGAUGCGUUCCACUCGCACCUUGAACCAAUGGAGUUCAUCCGACCGGAAACGUUCCACGACCAGGUUUCCUUCAGCUACGCACGCAUGAAGAACGAAUGGAACGUGGUCAAGGUGGACGGGUUCGACCUCAAAACGGACCCCAAGCGGAUCUACUCGCUGCACUGCUAUCUGUAUCCGUUCUUCAGCAUAUGUCCCAAAACGAUCAAGCGGAGAUGAUGAUGACCGCCCUACAGUUUCACUGCUAGGACUGCGACAGCUAAGGAACUCCAAACCAAAACGCGAACAACGACGAGGACGAAUGCAAGAGCGAAAGCUGGAAACUCUGGUGAAAGUGUUUGAAUUGAAUCGACAAUGAACCGAAACAAUGGCAACAAACUACAACACUGUCUGUGAUUGAACCUAUUGAAUUUUGUUUUGUAUAAAGAAUAUGUUAGCAGUUAGAACAGUCAACGAUAUAUCUCGAGCUAACUCUGUAAUAGCAGCUAGUAUAAUCGAAUAGGUUAAAAAACGAGUAUAGCAGGUGAAGAAAUGCGGGCCUACCUAGGAGGAGCCCAUCUAGUCCCUUAUGUGCAGCUGAAUUAGGAUUUAUUCGUAAUGUGAAAUGCGUCUUCCUACUUCCUUGGUUGAAGAGAAGUGUAAUUGCAACGUACUAGACAAAAAGUGCUCUAUACAUAAAACACAGAGAAAAGGCAAUAAUGUAUAUUCCUUGUUUUAGGCAAAUCACUUUAUGUAUGUAAAUAUGUGCAAAAUGAAAAACAAGUGUAAUUAUAGAAUUAUACAGGAUGAAAAUCGUUGUUUUUAUAAAGUUAGGCGUACGUAAAAAUUUGACUAUUGUUUUAAGAUCAAAAUAAAGCGAAUUGUGUUAAUAAAUCAUAAAUCUAAAA